CAUAUAUAUACAUUAAAAUUAUUAAAUGGAUAAAUUCAGCAUGGAUGAGAAAGCUCUUGAUCUUCACAUCUUCACUCCUGAGGAAGCCAAAUUGGGUCCAUACACCUACCUAAACAUCAAUUACCUACCUCACCUUGCUUCUCAUAUUAUGCAUAAGAUAUCUCACAAGGAAUUUUGCUCAUUGAUUGAGUUUGAACUGCAAACCUACUUACUAGAGUUAGCAAUCUAGCCACAGAAAAGCAAGACCAUUAAAGAAUUGACAAGCUAUAUCAUCAGGGAGAUGAGACUCAGUUCAAAGUUUUGGAUUCACGGGAGUGAAGCUUGGAAUGAAGUGCAAUUGCGUUUAAAGUUGUUGCACACUCUGGAACCGAAUUGCAGUUAGGAAUAAGUGAAAAAGAGUGGAGGCAAGAAAUCAUUAUCAGAAAUACUUCAAGAUGCCCAUGCCCUCAAAAAAUAUUUGGCCUCCUUGGACUUCUCAAAGGUGGAUUACAAAAGCGAAUUCUUGAAGAUUCCUGAAGUGAUAGCCUUGAUCUCAGAAUAUGAUCAAGCCAAGUAACAAAUAUCAUCCUAAAAUUUAGCUCUCAAAACAAACAGCUCCAGGCCAUAGAUUCAUACAAUGAAAUCAUCCAAUCUCUUGUGGAAUGCAAACAGAGAAAAUAUCAAUUGAAAUUGCAAUAGCAAGUCGAUCAUGUGAAGAAUUAACCUGUUGAUCUGAUGAGCAGAGUCUCCUACAUCCAAAAUAAAGAGACCAGAUCUGCUAAGACCGAUUAAGUAUCCUAUAGAGACAGAAGAGUGAUGAUUAAAGAAUAGUAGAGAAUGGAUGUCGAUGAGAGAAGAACCAUAUUCGUCCCAAAUCAAGUCUAUUGUUAUUAUAAAAUUGAUUUGGUGAUUCUACCCUACAUAUACAGAUUCAUCUUUGGAGAGAAUUGCGAAUUCACACGAUAGCAUUUGAGAAUCUAGAAUUUAGUGUUGUAUUUGUGUUUAAGCGACCAAGAGAAUUAUAAGUAGAAUAAACAGAAAAAGAACAUCAUUUUAGAUGAUAAUGCUGAAUCUAAGACAUCAAUGAAGUUAUUUUAGAAGUAUUUGGAUCAAUCAAAGGAUAAGUUAAUGACAGAUUUUGAGUCGUACUGCAAAACUCAAAACAUCAGUUUAAAGAAUUAUUUCUCAAGCACUCCUGCCAGUUAUAGGAAGGAGUUACUCUUAAUCAGAAACAUUCUUAUCCUAUCAUUCAGAUUUGCCAAAUAAAUCUUAGGAAUUGAUUACAAUUUUGAGGAUCAGAAAAUCAAUCAAUUGGAUUACGAGGAGGAAGAAAAGAAUGAUAAGUCUCACAAUUCUUAUUAAAAAUGGAACAAAGCAGACAUGUAAAAUGAUUACUACUAUUUCAAUGUGCUUGCGCAAUUAGAAUUGUAUUAUGAUAUUCCUUUUGAUUAAUAUGACGAUAUCCUCAGAGUCUACAAGAAUUACAUUGAAAUUGUAUACACUUCUAAGAAGGAGCAUUUCAAGGAAUACUUUGGAGUCCUCAAGACCAAUAAGGAUGGCCUUUUAGGAUUGAAAUCCUCUUUGGAAUAAGUCAAUUCAGCCAUCGAUGAAUAUCUAAAUUAUAUCAAUGCUCCCAAAACUCAGUAGAAGAGGUACUUCUUAUUUCUUAUAGUUCUUAGAUCCUACAUAUAUCAUAGUGAUAAUAGGGAGGAAUGGAAGGAUGAAUAAUAUAAAUAAUUCUUGGAAGGACUGUACAAAUAUUUUGAAAUUGUAGUAAAUAAUAAGAAGAUUGCCAAAUUUAUGGGUGAGGUCAAUCCCAAUCACGUCAGAUUCAUUAAAGGGUAGUAUCUGAGGGGAUUGAAGAAGAGAGCAAAGGAAAAGAAUAUUAACAGAAAGGAAUUGUUAAAAUAGGAUAUUGAAAACUUUGAUAUUUCAAUUUUUGAGAAGAAAUGA